UCACGUGCGAAAAGUGGACCGUAUUUUUAGACUGAGUGGCAUGUUGGUGUGUCUGCUCGUUUCGGGCGUUCAUUAUACAGAAGUGAAACGACAUGCGAAAGUUAGCGAAGAAAAGGAUUUUAUCAGUCGUAGUUGGAUGUACGGCGCUGAUAUGUGUACUUUAUGUUAGAGACAACACGGGGACAGAGUAUCUGCCAUAUUCCUUUCCUGCGGUCAAGACAACCGAGACACCGAGACGAGUCACCUCUAACAAAGAGUCCGUAGGCCUCUUCGCACAGUUUUCAGGCCUCUUUAACCGUUCUCUCCCUUGCAACUCGACCAAAUCCUGUCGACCCAAAGCUCGCACAAAGGUCAUUCUGCUCACGUACAUGCGCAGUGGCUCAACCUUCACAGGAGACAUCCUUUCUGCGCACCCGGAUGUGUUUUACUUCUUCGAACCACUUCACUUCCUGGUCCAGGAGAAACACACUGUAUUCGAUUAUUUGCGAAAACGGAAAUUUCGAUAUCACCAUCGCAACACAACUCAGUAA